CACUUGAUUGUGGCUUGUGCUUUUAGCUCUUCAUAUGAAGCUCCAAUUUCUCCUGUUAUGCUUGUUUGCCCCUUUAUAUGUUGCUUCUGCCUUGAGUUCAGAUGGGUUGACUCUAUUGUCUCUUCUCAACCACUGGACUUCUGCGCCUCCUUCCUUAAAGUUGAACUGGAAGUCCUCUGAUUCCACCCCUUGCUCAUGGAUAGGAAUACAAUGCAACCGUUACAGCAACGUGGUCUUCAUAAACCUCACUGCAUCCCAGAUAAUUGGUCAACUGGGACCGGAAAUUGGACAGUUGACUCACUUGCAGAACCUUUCGUUGGCAAGAAAUGGAUUCUCAGGGACAAUACCUGUUAAGCUAGCCAAUUGUAGUCUGCUAGUGCAUAUAGAUCUUUCUGAGAACCAUUUCUCUGGAAAUAUACCUCCAGAAAUUGGUAAUUGCAAAUCUUUGCAGUCUCUACGUCUAUAUUCCAAUCAACUCGGAGGAGACAUUCCAAAUGAAUUGGGAAAACUAAGUAAAUUGGAGGACCUUGAAUUGUAUUUCAACCACUUGACAGGUGAAAUUCCACUUACUAUUUGGAAGAUUCGGAGUCUUAGGCAUGUUCUUCUUCAUAACAAUAGCCUUUCAGGGAAAUUACCUUCGGAGAUGACCGAGCUCAAACAUCUGAAAAAUAUCUCAUUGUUUGACAACCAAUUAUUUGGACCAAUUCCUCAAAGCUUGGGAAUCAAUAGCAGUUUAGUGAAGCUGGACUUGAUGAAUAAUAAGUUAACUGGUGACAUCCCACCAAAUCUUUGUUUUGGAAAGCAACUCCGCACACUGCUUUUAGGUCUUAAUCAACUUCAAGGGGGCAUACCUCAAGAUUUGGGAAGAUGUGCAACUCUUGCAAGGUUGGAUCUCAGUGACAAUAAUCUUUCUGGGCCUCUUCCUAAAUUUGAAGGUAGUAAUGAUCUCAUAUACAUGGAUGUGAGCAAGAACAACAUUAGUGGAGUAAUUCCAUCAAGUUUAGGAAACUGUACAGAUCUCACUGCAUUAAUUUUGUCCAUGAACAACAUUAUUGGGCCUAUACCCUCAGAGCUGGGAAACCUUUUGCGCCUUCAGGUUUUGAAUCUUGCUCACAACAACCUAGAAGCUCCUUUACCACAGCAGCUAUCGUACUGUACCCAAAUGGAUACUUUUGAUGUGGGAUUCAAUUUUAUUAAUGGUUCAUUCCCAUCAAGCAUGAGGAGUUGGAAAGCACUGACCAUAUUAAUUUUAAGAGAGAACCGCUUUAGUGGGGUUAUCCCAUCUUUCUUCUCAGAAUAUGUCCAGCUUCUCGAGCUACAACUUGGUGGAAAUAUGUUUCGAGGAAAAAUUCCCACAUCGAUAGGAUCAUUGCAGAAUCUGUUAUAUGGAUUGAAUUUGAGUGCUAACAAAUUAACAGGUGAGAUUCCUUUAGAAAUUGGGAAGUUGGAAAAGCUGCAAAUUUUAGAUAUAUCCUUGAAUAAUUUGACAGGAAGCAUACAUGCUCUUGGUGAUCUCUCUUCAUUGACUGAAGUCAAUAUAUCACACAAUUCCUUUGUCGGUGCAUUGCCAGAGUGGAACACGCAACAUCUGAAUUUGCUACCAUCAUCAUUCAUUGGCAACCCUGGUCUCUGUGUCCGUUGUUCAACCUCAAAUGCCUCCACUUGCAAAAAGCCUAGCUUCUUGAAACCAUGUGCUUCUGAAUCAACUAAUCACAAAGGCAGUAAACGUUCAAUCUUAUUCAUAGCACUAGGAUCUGUAGUGUUUGUCAUUUGCCUGUCGGUAUCACUACUAAUUUAUGACCACCAUUAUGGCCAACAAUCUGAGGAGGUGGUCCUUGGUCAAGGAUUUGAGGAGUACUUGUCUUUUGUGCGGAGACGUAUUUACUACAAUGAUAUUGCUCGAGCUCUCAUCUUGGGGGAAGGUAAUGCUGACUGUGAAGCGCAAGAGGCUUUUGAUUCAGAUGUCAAAGGAGAAUUCAGAAUUGUUGACCUAAUAAAUGCUACGGAGAAUCUACAUGAUCAAUAUGUGAUUGGCGUAGGAGGGCAUGGAAUUGUUUAUAAAGCCGAACUUGAUUUCGGAAUUUUUGCUGUUAAGAAGGUUGAAUUUGCACGGAGCAAUCGGAGGAAAUUGAAUUUGAUUAAGGAAGUUGAAAUGACUAAGAAGAUUAGGCAUCAAAAUGUGGCAAGAUGCCUAGGCUUCUUGAUGGGCGAGGAGUAUGGUCUAACCAUCAGCAGAUACAGGGAAAAUGGAAGCCUUCACGAUGUUUUGCAUGAAAGCAAUCCAAAACCAUACUUAGCUUGGAAUGUCCGCUAUAUGAUAGCUAUUGGAAUUGCAAAAGGACUAGCACAUCUUCAUCACAGCUGCGAUCCUCCCAUAUUGCAUCGAGACAUCAAACCAAAGAAUAUACUCCUGGACUCUGAUAUGCAGCCUUAUAUUACAGAUUUUGGUAUUUCCCUUGCUUUGAAUCAGUCAUCUACUGUGGUGCGCAUGCGGUCAACUUAUCAUAUAGGUACACCUGGUUUUAUGGCACCAGAGAUUGCCUAUGACGUAGUGCCAAGGUGUGAGCUUGAUAUAUACAGUUAUGGGGUAGUUUUGCUUGAGCUGAUAACCAGAAAGAAAGUAUUAGAUUCCUCAUUUGUGGAGCAGCAAACCACUUUAGCAGGGUGGUUUAAAUCUACAUGGACAAGAACAAGAACCCUUGAAGAAAUUGUUGAUUCAAGCCUUACAAGGGAGCUUUCAGAUGUACAUGUGAAGGCACAAGUUAUCAAGACGCUUUUGGUGGCUUUAAUAUGUGUUCAGAAAGAUCCGAGAAAGAGACUGAAAAUGAUAGAUGUUGUUGAUUUCUUUGAAACACCCACUGAUCCAGCAAAUUUUGUUCAACACGACGGAGCUUCGGUUCAUUUGGGAAUUUCCCUUGCGACCGCUGCGGCCUCUCUAUUUUCUGAGGAGAAAGGCGGGAUCCUUCCCAAUUCAAACAAUCGGCAUAUCGUCCGCAGAGGAACUCCUGGAGUUCUUUCUAAAGUUGAGUUACGUACUGGUGAAGCCGUUUAUGUAAAGAAGCUGUUGUCUGCGGGGUAUCCCUCAAGUAUAACGAGAGAAGAAAAAAUGAAUAGAACGGUUAAGCACCGAAAUAUAAUUAAACUGCAUAGGCUUUGGACAGAAAAAGAUGAAACUUUUCUCAUGUUCGAGUACUUGUCAAAUGGAAGCCUACAUGAUGUUUUGCAUGGAAAGAACCCCCCACCAUCCCUGAAGUGGGAUGUCAGUUAUAGGAUAGCUAUUGGCAUUGCUCAAGGGUUGGCAUAUCUCCAUCAUGAUUGUGAUCCUCCCAUAGUGCACUUUGCCAUCGAGACAAAAAAUAUACUUCUGGAUUCUGAUAUGGAGCCUCGCGUUGCUGGUUUCAGUGCUGCCCAUUUUUUGUUUGAAUUUGACACAACACCAUCCUCAUCUAUUCUAGGCACAUCAGGGACAGAAAAUCUUUAUGCAACAACAAUCACUAGGGAGUUUGAUGUGUACAGUUACGGGGUAGUUUUGCUUCAGCUGAUAACAAGAAAGAAGGCAAUAGACUCAUCGUUUAUGGGUGGGACUGAGAUAGGGGUUUGGGUCAGAAGUCUGUGGGAGGAGACAGGAGACAUUCAUAAAAUUGUUGAUUCAAACCUUGCAGAGGAGGUAUUGAAUUCAAAUUCCAAUGUACACGAACAAGUCACCCAAGUGCUUUCCUUGGCUUUGAGAUGCACGGAGGCAGAUCCGUACAUGAGACCUACUAUGAAAGAUGUUAUCAAGCAAUUAGCAGGUUUUGAAUCCAAAUUCAAGAGUACUCGAACAAGUGAACAAAGUGAGACUGCCUAUGAUAGAUAUAUCGGGUUUUAUUGAUUCUGUAGAAAAAAAACAAAAACAAGAAAAAGAUAACCAUACCAAGCAAAAGCUGUGAAAAGCUUCCAAGUUCCAACUACUUAAUGCACAAGUCAUUCACACAUGCACUGAAAUCAGUCAGAUAACAUUACUUGUAUAUAUAUUGGUUGGGACUUGAUAUGUCUGCUUUCAUGACAUGGAAUGUUUUGUGCCUUUUUCUUGACUUUGUAGAAGUUGUCCCAAGAACGAAUUUGGGAAAAGAAAGGUACUACUCGGUACCUACCAACCCACCAACCUUGCUAUGUAUGCUCCUGCAAUAUUACUACAUAACAGGGUAAAUCUUUGUUGAACUGAGGUUCUAAAUUACUCUGUUUGUUUAUUAUGAAACAGUCUCUGUAGUUUUGAUGA